GAGUAUAAAAGGUCAGCUUUGGGGGGGGCGAGAGUCAGGCCAAGAAGAAUUUGGUAUAAUCACACAGGAUAUUUUACUACUUUGCAGAUCAUGGCUGACUUUGACCUGGUUUUGAAGCACUGGGGUCCAGUGGAGGCGGACUACUCCACACAUGGGAACCUGGUUCUGACCCGUUUAUUCACAGAGCACCCGGAAACCCAGGACCUGUUUCCCAAGUUUGUUGGCAUUGCUAAGGCUGACUUGGCUGGUAAUGCAGCUAUUUCUGCCCAUGGUGCCACUGUGCUAAAGAAACUUGCUGAACUGCUGAGGGCCAAAGGCAACCACGGUGCAAUCCUCAAACCUUUGGCCAACAGCCAUGCCACUAAGCACAAGAUCCCCAUUAAUAACUUCAAGCUGAUUACCGAGGUCAUUGUUAAAGUCAUGGCAGAGAAGGCGGGACUCGAUCCAGCUGGGCAGCAGGCCCUGAGGAACGUGAUGGCUGUUGUCAUCGCUGACUUGGAGGCCAACUACAAAGAGCUGGGAUUCAGUGGCUGAAGAUUAAUGUCACACAAGUCAUGCUGGGGUCAGAUGGCUGACAAGAAAUUAUCCACAUGCAAGUGCUUUUUUUUUUUGGAAAAUAAAAGCAUUUAAUCUUCUAUAUGAAUGCAUUAAUAUAUUACCAUAAAUUACAGCCCACGUAUGUUAUCAUAGGGUUGAAGAUCAUAAAGAACGUUAAAUGCUUCACAAACAUAUACUUUACUGCAGGGUUACUGCACUUAGACUGUAUUAGAUUGCAUAGGUUUUCUGCUCUGUAACAAACAUGGUUUUUAUUGCAAUUAAAUGAGCUUGAUCUUAAAAGUCAACAUACUGUAAACACAACCCGCAUAAAACUGUGUGCUCUGUG